AUCAACCCAACAAUAUGUAUAUGUUAAUAAAAGGUGUUUUAAAGACUUAGGAGCUGUUUGGCAACUUCUGAAUAGGUAAGUGCUGAACCAGUAAGAGGUCUGAACCAUUAAGUGCUGAACCAGUAAGAGGUCUGAACCAUUAAGAGCUAGUAUAUUGCUUAACUAUUCAGAGGCAAAUGUCUGAUCAAUUUCGAUAAGAGCAGUGUAGAAAUGAGAUACAAUUUUUGGUGUAAAUGUAACAUGAUCCUUCUAUUUAUGUUACCCAUCACAUUUUUGCUAACUGGAAAACAAAAGGAAUUGAAAGAGAGAUCAGGCGAAGAAACCGAAGCCAGGGCUCUCUUCCCGUUUUCUUGCUGUCUCCGCCCCACCGCUUCUCCUUUUUUCUAAUAAAUUAAUCUCUCCUUCUCCUCCUCUCUCUCUGUAGACGUACUUUUUUUGCAUCUCGAGCGCGAUAAUCUGCCUUCCGUUUUCGCAUUUCUCGCUGAUUCAUCAAGACCAGGAAGAACGAAGAAGAUCAGCCCCGAUCUGGGACGAGAUGGCCGGUAUUGUUCAAGGUAUUGGGGCCGUCACUUCCGUCUAUUCGGCCAAUUCUUUCCACUCGAAGAAGUCACCCAUUUUUACUGGCAGAUCAUUCUCUGAGGAGAGGAAAUGCCGCAGCUCUUUCGUGUUAAGCUCUGGACAAAAACUUAGCUGUGAUCUGAGGAGUACUGGCAAGAGAGCUCAACAGUUAAUUACCAAUGCCGUAGCGGCAAAGCAGGAUAAUGCAGCAUCUUCGACUUCAUCCAAGCCGGGCCAUGAACUUUUGCUGUUUGAAGCCCUAUGUGAAGGGCUUGAUGAAGAGAUGGCAAGAGAUCCAAGUGUUUGUGUAAUGGGUGAGGAUGUAGGCCACUACGGGGGUUCCUACAAGGUCACCAAAGGCAUGGCUGAAAAGUAUGGCGAUCUAAGGGUCCUCGACACCCCUAUUGCUGAGAACGGGUUCACGGGACUCGGCAUCGGAGCAGCCAUGACCGGUCUCCGUCCCGUCAUCGAGGGCAUGAACAUGGGAUUUCUCCUCCUUGCCUUCAACCAAAUUUCCAACAACUGUGGAAUGCUUCAUUACACAUCCGGCGGUCAAUUCAAGAUACCCGUUGUCAUCCGGGGACCCGGUGGGGUGGGCAGGCAGCUAGGUGCAGAACACUCCCAGCGACUCGAGUCGUAUUUCCAGUCCAUACCUGGCAUCCAAAUGGUGGCAUGCUCCACCCCUUACAACGCCAAGGGUUUGAUGAAGGCUGCCAUUAGAAGCGACAACCCCGUGAUUCUCUUCGAGCAUGUUUUGCUCUACAACCUUAAAGAGAGAAUCCCGGACGAGGAAUAUGUUCUGAAUCUUGAAGAAGCUGAGAUGGUGAGACCAGGGGAACAUGUCACAAUCCUGACAUAUUCUAGGAUGAGGUACCAUGUCAUGCAGGCAGUCAAGGUUCUUGUGAACAAAGGGUACGACCCCGAGGUUAUAGACAUUAGGUCUCUGAAACCAUUUGAUCUUUACACAAUUGGGAACUCGGUCAAGAAAACGCACCGGGUCAUCAUUGUGGAAGAGUGCAUGAGGACAGGUGGGAUUGGGGCCAGCUUAACGGCUGCCAUAACUGAGAAUUUCAAUGACUACUUAGACGCUCCGAUCGUGUGUUUGUCUUCACAAGAUGUGCCAACUCCGUACGCCGGCGUGUUGGAGAAUUUCACCAUUGUCCAGCCCGCGCAGAUUGUCACUGCGGUCGAACAGAUUUGUCAGUGAUUUCUUGUGCUAAGUAAUAAUAAUGGGGUUUCUUUCUUUUGAGUUUUUUUGUUUCUCUUUUGUUCCCAUGUAUUGUAGUUUUGCUCAGUUUGUGUUUUGAAAUCAUAUAUGACUGUUGUUUUUGAUAUUUGAAAAUGUUUCUGUUUGGGAUUUGGUGACUAAAACAUCAUGAGUUAUCAAUGUCCUCUAAAGAAUUUAUUAGAAUAUAAUCAUUCACUUGUU